GCCACCGUCACAAUCAACCGCCCCGGCACAGCGCAACGCCAUCAGCUUCGACAUGUGGCACGAUCUGGCCGCUCUGAUGCGGCAGCUCGAUGCCGACAACGACGUCCGCUGCGUGGUAAUCACCGGCGCGGGUGGCGAGGCAUUCUCCGCCGGCGCCGACAUCGCCGAUUUCCACAAGCAUCGCUCCGACUCGGAAAAGGGCAGGGGCUACAACGACGCGGUAAACGGUUUGUUGGAAGCGCUGACCGAGAUGGGGACGCCCACCAUCUCCAUGAUCGAGGGCUUCGCCGCCGGCGGGGGCUGCGAGAUGGCCGUGGCCACCGAC